AUGGAACUGCAGGAACCCGGAGGGCACGGGGCGCCCUCCAGCGGCACUGAGCAAGAUGUGGCCUUCAGCGUGGCCGUCCUGGCGCUCACGGAGCUGCUCAUCCUGGCGGGGCUGCUAGGUAACGGCCUGCUGCUCUGGCUGCUCAGCUGCAACGUGUACCGUCACCCGUUCGCCAUCUACCUGCUGGACGCGGCCUGCGCCGACUUCAUCUUCCUGGCCUGCCAUGCGGCAGCCGUGGUCCCCGACCUGCUGCGAGGCCGGCUGGACUUCCCCGACUUCGUGCAGGCCAGCCUGGCCACGUUGCGUUUUUUCUGCUACCUGGUGGGCCUCAGCCUCCUCGCUGCCGCGAGCACAGAGCAGUGCCUGGCCACGCUCUUCCCAGCCUGGUACCCGUGCCGCCGCCCGCGCCACCUGACCACCUGCGUGUGCGCGCUGGCCUGGGCACUCUGCCUGCUCCUGCACCUCCUGCUCAGCGGCGCCUGCACCCAGUUUUUUGGGCAGCCCAGCCGGCCCCUGUGCCGGACGCUCUGGCUGCUGGCUGCCGCCCUGCUGGCCGCCCUGUGCUGCGCCGUGUGCGUGGCCAGCCUCCUGCUGCUGCUGAGGCUGGAACGCGGGCUGCCGCGGCCCCAGGCCCGGGGCUUCCCAGCCCUGCUGCUCCUAGCCGCCCUCCUCUUCCUCUUCGGCGGCCUGCCCUUCGGUGUCUACUGGCUGUCCCGCAACCUGCACUGGCACAUCCCCCACCACUUCUACCACCUCAGCCUCCUCAUGGCCGCCGCGCACUGCGCCGCCAAGCCCGCCAGCUACUUCUGCCUGGGCAGCGCGCGUGGACGCCGGCUGCGAGAGCCCCUGCGGCUGGUGCUGCAGCGGGCGCUGGGGGACGAUGCGGAGCCGGGACCCGCGAGGGAGGCCUCCCGCAGGGGCCUGGUAGAGGUCCAGGCUUGA